CUGUGCAGCCUAGUACUGAAGCAGUUUCCUCUAGUGGACCGGAAAACAGCUCAUCAUCUCUACGUGAUGAAGGGCACUUCAUUGAGGCUAUAAAUGAAGAGCUGCUUACACAUGUACAGCCAGUGGCUAAUGUGGUUGUAGAAAAUACACCAUCUCAUGGUGAUGACAACAAUCCGAAAGCAGCUGCUGCUACUGUCGUCACCAGUUCUACUGUUGACAAUGACAGUGCUAAUGAUGUGUGCCACUCCGAGGCAGAGGACAAAGGCUCUAAUGAAAUGAUUGACUUUUACACCUCAAUCGACGCGAACUUGAAACUUGACGAUGCAAUUACAAACGUAGAGGUGAUAAACGAAGUGCAUUCAGAUAAUCGAAAAAUUAAUCAAUCUCAACCUGAAGAGCUAGUAAAUAACAAUAAUAAUAAUUUUAUCUGUGAUAAUGCAAUAAUUGAGGAAAGUGUUGCCACUUCGAGUGCUGAUGAUUCAGUUCACCCAACUGUAGAAAAUGAAACUGUGACCAGCUCAGAUUUGGUGGCAGCAAAGGAAGUUGAAGAGGAAGAUGAGAUUACUACCAGCGACUUUACAGAAUCAUCAACUGCUCCACUAGAAGAUUAUUCAAGUCCAGUUGAAAAUGUUGAAAGAGAAGCGGCCCAAACGUUUGCAGCAGAAGAAGCAGAAACAGCAGCAGGCGCAUCAGCAGACACAGUCAAUGACGCAGUCAAUGAAGCUGUGUUGGGUGCUGAUAGCACAGUGCCACUGACCGAUUCUCCGCCGUUAGACAUCAACAACAUGUCAGAGGAGGAAUUGGACAGAUAUCUAAGCGAUUUGGUGGCUCUGGAAAGUGCUGGCAGCGCUGAACUAGCAAACAGCAAUACGACGACGGCAGACGAGGCUGUGCUGGUGAAGGACUGCGAUGAAAAGUUGAGCGAAACUCAACACAACGCAACUAGUCAACUCGAGAAGAGUGAUAGUGUGAUUGAAGAUAAUUGUGUUCAGCCAACGGAGGGGCACACUUUGGCCGGUGAAGAGGCAAUCAUAACUGGAGAAGUGGCGCAGUCGACUGACAGUGCACCAGGCGCUGGUAAUGAGGCGACACUAGUGCCUGUCGAUGAUGCUGCCACUGCUGUUGAGCAGUGUCAAGUUGAUGCUGCCAUUGAAUCAGCUGCUAAUGAUCAAGUGGUCGAAACCAGUGCAAUUGUUACAGAGUUCUCGACGGAUCGCGUUGAGGAGUCUGUGGGCAGCAGCAGCAAUACCACUGAGCACCCAGAGUCAGCCAGACCCAGCACUUUGACACUGUCUGGUGAUGUGCCCACUGAAGAGUUGGUAGAAGCUGCUGGUGAACUUCAACAGGCAGACUGCAUCGAUGCACCAACAACGUCAACAGAGCCGACUCACUCUGAUCACCCUCAGCCAUCAACGAGCACCGGUGAGGCAGACAAUCGUGGUGGUCUCGUCCUAUCGACCUACUUUGAACGACAAGAGAUGCCUAACGGAUUGACCGAGGAGGAGCAGACGCUGGGAAAGGUGAAGCCAUUUUGGAUCCCUGACGAUGAUGCCCAGAACUGUCUGCACUGUGAUGCCAAGUUUACCUUCAUCAAGCGAAGGCAUCACUGCAG